GUGGUGUUCAGGGCGAAGCGAGGAAUCAGCUAUAUGGGCGACGUGGUGAUCGAUGAUGUCACCUUCCUGCACUGCGUCCCCCCCCCCUCCUCAGGUGACCCCUGCACACCUGAGCAGUUCACCUGCAGGAACCAGAACUGCAUCUCCCAGGAUCAGCUGUGUGACUUCAUCGAUCACUGCGGGGACCAAUCAGACGAGGAGCCCUACAUCUGCCAAGGUUUCAGUUCUCGCUGCAGCUUUGAGUUCGAUCUGUGUUCGUGGCGUCAGAGUGGAAUGGAUGAUUUUGAUUGGCUGAUCAAAGCGGGCAGCACUCUUACAGGCGGCACGGGGCCAAUCAGUGACCACACCCUCAGAGACCCCACCGGACACUACCUGUACCUGGAGGGCUCUUUCCCGCAGGCAGCAGGACAGUCCGCCCGAAUCUCAGGACCCCUGCUGAGCCGCCGCAGCGAACACUGCCAGGUGCGUUUCUUUGUGCACAUGUCAGGAGAAGGCAUCGGGACCCUCAGUGUGUUCAGAGGAGGUGAAGCACGAGGGUUUGAUCUGCUGGUGAACCUGACGGGGGAUCAGGGUCACGCCUGGCAGAGGAUGGAGGUCCAGCUGAGCCGCCAGGAAGAAGACUUCCAGGUGGUGUUUGAGGGCAAAGUGGGGAAAAACCCAAAGGGAGACAUCUGCCUGGACGACAUCAGCUUCUCCUCAGGGUGUCUGCUCGCUUCAGAAGAAGAAGAAGACAACACUCUUCCUCCUGCAGGCUCCUGUCCUCCAGGUUUCUUUCUGUGUGAAAAUGGCGGUUGCUUCUCUACGGCUCAGAGCUGUGAUUUCACGGAUGAUUGUGGCGACGGCUCUGAUGAAAUGCAUUGUGGGACUUCCUGCACCUUUGAGCACGGACGCUGUGGCUGGAAGAGCUCCGUGGCCGACAAUUUUGAUUGGACGCUGGGGAGGGGGUCUUUGAAAAGCAUCCGGCCGCCGAACGAUCACACGCUGAGCGACGAACGAGGUCAUUUCAUCUACCUGGAGGCCACACCUGUCGGCCUGAAAGGAGACAAAGCUCACAUCCGCAGCUCCGUUUGGAAACAGUCCGGCGCCAUCUGCAAGCUCUCCUUCUGGUACUACAUUUCCCACAAGGCACUGGGAACCAUCCGCCUGCUGAUCAAGACGGAGAACGAUCUGUGGGAGGCGUGGAACAAAUCGGGGCAUCAAGGGAACAAGUGGAACCGAGCUGAGGUUCCUCUGAGGAACCUGAGGAACUUCCAGGUGAUUUUUGAAGGGAUUCGAUCCAUGGACGUGAUCGGAGGAGCUUCACUGGACGACCUGGAGUUUAGAAACUGUUCCCCAAACGCUGUGCAGCCCCCCAGUUGUCCUGCCCUCUCAGACUUUGUGUGUGACAGUGGACACUGCAUCGAGUCUCACCUGGAGUGUGACAGCAAGGACGACUGUGAAGAACUGGAGAUAGGCGUCUGUGACUUCAGCAUGGGAGCAGCGUGGUGGGAACACAGCUGUGGGUUGGACCAGGACUCUGAGGAUGAUUUUGAUUGGUCGAUCGGUCGUCACAGUGAGACUCCAGGAGCCGGACCUCAGAGUGACCACAGUCCAGGUGGUGAUGGGAGCUUCCUGUACAUCCACUCAGCCUAUCAGAGGGAAGGAGACGUUGCCAAGGUGACGACCAGCCGUCCGUUUCCCGCUAGCGUCGGAUUGUGUCGUGUUCGAUUCUGGUUCUUCAUGCACGGAUCAGACAGGAUGGGAACGCUGAAGGUCUUCACUUCUGGUCCCAGUGGCUCCAGCCUGCUGAUGUGGGCGGCUGCUGGUAACCAUGGAAACCAGUGGAGCUACGCUAACGUUAUCCUCUCCAACCCAGCAGAGUUCACAGUCUCUUUCCAGGCGGAGGUGGGGGGGGACAUGUGGACGGACAUCGCUCUGGACGACCUCUCUUUCACCACAGAGUGCACAGCAGGAGGUCCGGUGACCCCCCAGCCCGCGACCUGUUCUGGGGACCAGUACCAGUGCUUGUUCUCCCAGUGCAUCCCAGAGAGCUGGAGGUGUGAUGGAGAGCUGGACUGUGGGGAUCAGUCUGAUGAAGACGAGUGUCCGGCGGUGGUUCCCGGGACUCUUCCUCCUCAGGAUCAGUGUGAAGACGGACAGUUCCAGUGUUUAAACGCUGUGUGUCUGCCGUCCGUCCUGCGCUGUGACGGCGUCUCCGACUGUCCACACGGAGAGGACGAGAACAGCUGCC